CCCGUUUAAUGCAUUAUCGGCUUGGAUGAAAGCUUCCCAACUGCAUCUAUGUGUAUAGCCUCAGCUGCCACUGGUAUAUAUACGUCUAUUCCAGCAACAUCUCGCCGCAACCUGUUGCUACUUCCACAAUGACUGAUGAUGCGAGAGACAACACCCCGGAUCAGCGUGGCCGGCAGCGUCGGGGCCUGCUGCCGCCUGGCCUAGUUGAUCUCAUGGGUCCGCCCCUGAAGGUCGGCGCCUUGACAGGAACCAUCGGCAUGUUCAGUGGUAUCGCUGCAGGCAUCAUCCGCGACUCCACGCCAGCUCUGUUCGCUCUGGCAUCCGGUAUCCAGUGGUUUGCCCUCGGCUCAAGUUAUUGGCUCUCGAGGACUGUGGUGAUGAGCGCGUGGGGCGGCGAAGCGACGCUCCCCAAUUCUUCCAAGGUCCAAGCCAGUGCUGUUGCGGGAGGCACGGCAGGCAUGGUCGGAGGUUUGAUCCGUGGCCCGAAAAACAUCAUCCCCGGAGUGCUCGUUUUCUCGCUCAUCGGGGGAACCGGCCAGGCAUUCUACAACAGCAUGCAAGGCCGGCCCGAGACCACCGAGAAGAGGAAGAGCAUCUUCGAGUCGAGCUGGAGCCCGCUCAAGAAGCUCUCGGACGACGAGUACCGCAAUAUGAUUGAGGAAAAGAUGCUCAAGAUCGACGCCGAGAUCGCCCUCAUCGACGACAAGAUUGCUGAGCUGCGCUCAGCAAAGGAGGCCAACCCUCCGCCGCCUCGCCAGGAGCCGCCUCAGCAGCCACCGCCAUCAACGAGUUGAGCCGGCGUAUGGUCAUCCCCAUGUACAACAUUUGUCAACACUGUAAUUGUACCAUGUACCAACAAGCACAUAGCAGUUUCAGACCAUUGCUGUUUGCUUCUCUCGUCUUGGUUAAUACUUUAUCACUUUAUCCUUCUUUCAGAGGCCGUCGCCGUAUGUAUAAGACAUAUCGCUUGGUUAUCCCAUUGUCUUUGUCCAUCUGCAAUAGAAGGGUUGUCUGUGUUAGGAGUCUCCCAAUCGAUUCAGUCGCUGCCUACAAGGCAUGCGUCGGCCAGGCGUACGGAUAUCACUUGUUUUGUGUUUGCAGCUUAUUCCUGGCCGGCCACCUCCAUGUUGAAUCUCUCGGGGGAGGGGGGGUUCUUUACCCCGGACCGUCCAAGUUUCCAGAGUUCCCGCCGGGUGGUGCAGGUGCAGAAUCCGGGCCAGGUUUGGGCUGGAAGGAAUUCAUCAGAAAUGCCAUCGUUUUAUACUUGCCACGAUCAUCCCAAGAAUUCCCAGUUGGGUUUCUUGAGGCACAAUCUACCAG